AUGGACAGCAGGAGGCAUCUGAGAUCUAAUCUGACUGAAUACCAACCUAAAUUAUACCAAGUUCUAGAUGAUGGGAAAAGGCUCCUCUUUUCUGUCACCUGCUCGGAUCUUGAAAGUCAACUGAACCAACUAGGAGAAAACUGGUUGAGUAGCACCAGCAAGGUUACCAAGGAGCUUCACAGGCUGGAGACAAUACUGAAGCACUGGACAAGGUAUCAGAGUGAAUCAAAUGAACUGACACAUUGGUUACAAUCUGCAAAGGAGCGGCUUGAGUUUUGGAGCCAGCAAUCUUUGACAGUUCCUCAGGAACUGGAAACAGUCCGAGACCACCUGAACUCCUUUUUGGAGUUUUCAAAAGAAGUGGAUGCUAAAUCAUCACUGAAAUCUUCUGUCCUGAGUACUGGGAACCAGCUCCUCAGGCUAAAGAAGGUCGAUACAGCAGCAUUGCGUGCAGGAUUGUCCCACAUUGACAGUCAGUGGACAGAGCUGCUCACACAAAUCCCAGCUGUACAAGAGAAAUUGCACCAGCUCCAGAUGGACAAAAUUCCUUCUCGCCAUGCUAUCACUGAACUUAUGAGCUGGAUUUCCCUGAUGGAAAACAUCAUUCAGUUUUUUUUAUGAAGAGAAUAUAAAAAAUGUAGUGGGACAGAAAGCUGUUCAGGAUUAUGUGCAGAAGUACAAGGUAUUGA